CACGGCCUGGGGCUUCCCAUUGCCGCCACAGUACGGCUCCAAUGACCUCAACUCGCCGUCGGAGCUGCCGCUGUCCAUCACAGACCCCGGCUUCGACGGCAAGGUGUUUUGGAACGCCCGCCAGCAGGGAGGCGCGUAAGUUAUUAAUGCAUGGACAAUACCGUCUGCUGUGCGCGUGUGAGCUGGGGCGGCUACUUCCGCAUCCUGCCGCCCAGCUCUCCCGGCGCUGUGCUGAACCUGGGUAUCUGCGCCGGCUGCGGUCAGAAUGUUCCCGGCAAAGGCUACUACGUCGGCACCGGCUUCUCGAUCACAUUCAACAACUACGCAGAGGGAUACAGCUCCAUCACCGUCAAGGCCCUGCCGGCUGGUGACACGGCCGAUAUUGAAGGCAUGCAGGUGUACCUGAGUUUCAUUGCGCCGCCCGGGCUGAACCCUGGCUCCUUCAAGACCUUCACGGACUACGGCCCGCCGGUCACGCCCUCCAGCCCCCUCACCGCCUUCCCCUCCACCUUCUUCGCAAAUGCCAAGGACAACGUCACAUACAAGGACGGCAGCACAACGUACACCGUCCCCUACAAUUCCGUGAACCCCGACGAGGGCCUUUUCUUGGCCUUGCAUUUCGAUGUCGUACAGUACUGCUCCUCCUAAACUUGGAUGACAGCAGGGCUCACAUGAAUACUGCUCCUAACGUUUCCUAAAUAAUGCGUCCAUCUGUACAGGCAUAUGUAUGUGGUAGCAGACAUAUGAAUGCACAUGCGUGACGUUGCUGUGAGUGCUUUUGCCAUUUAAGUGUGGGCUGCCGUUGUGUGCCCUCGUAUGUAUUCUCCAUGGUGUUGCUCCGCACGCAGCCAUUGAGCAUCAAUCCAGCGCCACUGUGCGCAAGGAAGCCUUGAAUUUCAGACUGUUAAAUCUCAUUCUAUCUUGUUAGUUGUUUGCAUAUGUUGUCCGGCCCCAUUCGCCCACGGCUAGGAUGGUUGUUGUUAGGAGUGCCACCUGCAUGCUGCGUGUUGAUCGAAAAGGCAGCAGAUUGUUAUUGAAAUUGCGAGUCAUUACUCCUGGCUACAGUUAGGCCAAAUUACACUGUAUGUACGUUGGCAUCUGUCGCGUGAAGGAAACGGCGUAGCAGGUGAGAUGAAGAUUAAAAGGCAGUAGAAAUUGUGAAGUGUAUGUGGCUGUCUGUUCAUAACAAGGAUCCGUAAGUUAGAAGCAGGCACGCAGGGGUGCUGCAGGCACUGGAGAAAUCCCCUGCCUUCUUAAUAUACGUAUGUAUCAAACUUGCUCAUGGCUGAGUUCCAGUAGGUAGAUAGCACGUUGCUGUCGGCCCUAGUUUAAACUAGAAAGGGUAUUCUUUUUUACUUCUUCAACUUUGGUGUUAAUGCGCCCUUACAGUGCCCAUGCCCUUUCCUGUUUGGUCCCCCAUGCAAUUAGUGCAAAUGGAUGGGGCUUGCAAAGCAAGCCCUCUACAGCGUCACCAGUAUUUGCACACGGGCCAUACAUACUUGCUAGCUGGAAGUGUCAAAGCUGUGAAGACGCCAUGCAUGUAACCUUUGAAUCUU